AUGGACGCCGCGCAGCGAGGAGCGGGCUGCGGCCGGGCGGCGAGCGCGACGGCGCUUGCCAGCGCAAGCUGCAAGGCGCAAGGUAGCAAAAAGCCUGUGGCAGGGGGGCGGCCGGGCGGCAGGGGGCUCAGGGCUGCAGGAGGCACCGUGGCAGCGCCAGCCAACAGGGGCAGCCGCCGCAGCCCGCAGCCACUGGCCAGCUCUCUUAACCAGCAGCAGUACAAGAAGCAGCAUAACAAGCCAUAUAUAUAUCGUCUUUACCACACCGCCACAGCAUCAUCAGCUGAUCUAGCUAUUCGCAGUUCGCGACCGGAGACGACCAUGAGCUCCACGGCGGCGGCACCGGAGUGCGGCGGCGCCAAGACGUCGUGGCCGGAGUUGGUGGGGCUCAGCGUGGAGGAAGCCAAGAAGGCGAUCCCUCAAGACAAGCCCGACGCGGACAUCGUCGUGCUGCCCGUCGGCUCGAUUGUGACCGCGGAUUAUCGCCCCGACCGCGUCCGCAUUUUCGUCGACACCGUCGCCGAGGCGCCCCAUGUCGGCUGA